AAAUGCCACGUGUACUUAUUGUAUCCCGAUGGUCGUCGUUCCGGGACCAGGGUUACGAAUGACGUUUCCGCAGUCUUUCAAUGUAAUACCAGUCACCGCUGUGUUCUCAAUAAAACGGGGAGGAUACCAUACGUUUCGUUCUCUUCGGCUCUCUCUCUCUCUCUCUCGACCCUGAAUCGUCCUGAAUCGUUUUCCGUUUUUCUGAAUCCUAAUGGCGUCGGAACCCCUCGAUGAUCUGCGAUCGCUGAUGGCAUCUCACUCCCCUCCUCUGGAUGCUCUUGUCGUCCCGUCGGAGGACAACCAUCAGAGUGAGUAUGUAUCGGAUAGGGAUAAGAGGCGCCAAUUUAUUACUGGAUUUACUGGGAGCGCAGGUUUGGCUCUUGUAACGAUGAAUGAGGCAUUUUUGUGGACUGAUGGAAGGUACUUCUUGCAAGCUGCACGACAGCUGAGUAAUCGGUGGAAACUUAUGCGCAUUGGAGAAGAUCCUGCUGUGGAAAAUUGGAUAGCCGAUAACCUUCAGAGUGAGGCUGCUGUGGGAAUUGAUCCAUGGUGUGUAUCUGUAGAUACUGCCCAAAGAUGGAUGCAAGCAUUCUCAAGAAAUAGGCAAAAACUAAUUCAACUUUCUGUAAACUUGGUUGACAAAAUUUGGAUAGAUAGACCUGCAACUCGAAUUCGACCUGUAAACUUACAACCAUUCAAAUUUACUGGCUGUACUGUAGCUGAUAAGCUGAAAGAUCUUAGGGGAAAACUUGUUCAGGAGAAAGCUCGUGGAAUUUUAGUCACCGCACUUGAUGAGGUUGCUUGGCUUUAUAAUAUUCGUGGAAAUGAUGUAUCCUUCAAUCCAGUUGUUCAUGCAUAUGCUAUAGUAACGACUGACUUGGCUUUCUUUUAUGUGGACGAGAGGAAGGUGUCUUCUGAGGUACUUGACGCUUUGUCUGAAAAUGGCAUAGAAGUUCGGGAAUACAGCAUUGUUGACGCAGAUGUAAGCUUGCUGGCAUCCGGGAAACUAAUGAGUUCUUCUGCUGCUAAGGGUCGGGACUUUGACAUUGAUGCACUUGAAAAUGCAGAAAAUUUUGUUAACUCGGGAAAAAUUGAAAACGAGACUAAAGGAAAAAAGCAACUGAUAUGGAUUGACCCGGCUUCUUGCUGUCUGGCCUUGUAUGCAAAUUUGAACUCAGAUCAAGUUCUUAUGCAGCAAUCACCUUUGGCCCUCGCAAAAGCUCUUAAGAAUCAAUUUGAGUUGGAUGGUUUAAGAAAGGCGCAUAUCCGGGAUGGUGCAGCUGUUGUUCAGUACCUUGUGUGGCUGGAUGGUGAGAUGCAAAAGCUUUAUGGAGCUGCUGGUUUCUUUACUGAGUCAGAGGAAACACAUAAAAGAAAGCGUUCGGAAACUGAAAAAUUGACAGAGGUAUCCGUGAGUGACAAAUUGGAGAGUUUUCGUGCUAAGCAAGAGCACUUUAAAGGAUUGAGUUUUCCAACCAUUUCAUCAGUUGGUCCAAAUGCUUCAAUUAUUCAUUAUGUACCAGAGGCUGGAACUUGUGCAGAGCUUGAUGCUGAUAGCAUAUAUCUUUUUGAUUCGGGUGCACAGUAUCAAGAUGGAACAACUGAUAUAACAAGGACUGUUCAUUUUGGAAAACCAUCAGCACAUGAGAAAGCAUGUUAUACUGCCGUCCUUAAAGGUCAUAUUGCUUUAGGUAAUGCAGUGUUUCCUAAUGGAACAACUGGGCAUGCUCUUGAUAUUCUCGCACGGAUUCCAAUAUGGAAAAAUGGACUCGACUAUCGACAUGGUACUGGGCAUGGGGUUGGAUGUUACCUUAAUGUUCACGAAGGGCCUCAUUUGAUAAGUUUUAGACAUCAUGCUCGGAAUGUUCCCUUGCAAGCAUCAAUGACUGUUACUGAUGAGCCUGGUUACUAUGAGGAUGGAAACUUUGGUAUAAGAUUGGAAAAUGUUCUUGUGGUGAAAGAGGCUGACACAAAAUUUAAUUUUGGUGAAAAGGGCUACCUUUCAUUUGAGCACAUAACAUUGGCGCCAUACCAGAAAAAGCUUAUGGAUCUAAAGUUGAUGACAGCUGACGAGAUAUCCUGGGUGAAUUCCUAUCAUUCCACUUGCCUGCUGCUUCUUUCUCCCUACCUAAACCAUCAGGAGAUGGCUUGGCUCAAGAAGGCCACCGAGCCCAUCGCCAUUCCUGCAGCUUAACUCCAGAAUUCCGACAGACUCCCAUUCUAUUAUCUGUCAAGUUUCCUUCUACGCCGGCUCAUGCAAUAUUUCUGCUGCUCUGCUUUGGUUGGUUCAUCUGCAAUGCCUUGAUUGGUGAUGAUGGCCAUUUCUUCUCGUCGGUAAUAGGUAAUUCGGUAAAUUGAAUUCUUAAUUUUUUCUAUUUUUGAUGAUGCAUUGUUGA